CGGUUCAAUGUGUUAAAAGAGGAUUUGGUUGUGUUUUCGCGGAAUUGGGAAGUUGAGCUGUUGUGGUAUAGUUAACGUCGCAGCUGUUUCAUUUGUUAAUUUAUUUACUGUACUAUAAAAUGGACGCUUUGCAGAGACAUCGUUUGCUUUAUAAAGCAACAACCCCACCAUGGAGAGAAACAUAUCGCAAGCGCUGUGUAGAAAGACUCAAGGGUAGCCGGUCGAGGUUGCUUGACAAGUAUCGCAAGAUGGGUGAAAGCUCCACUGCCGCCAUCGUACAAGAGGUCAUGGAGGCGGAGUGGACGGCUCUGCAGUCGGAAGGCCAGAGGUUGCCGUCUCUGUUGGGUGCGGAUAGUAUUGCAGAGAUGUACACUGUCACAAAGGAGUAUGAUGAACUGGCAGUGUUGGAGACAAUCCAACAGGAGCUCCUGUCCUAUGAAAUGUCUAUUAUGGAAGAGUAUGAACGGAACCAACAAUUUGAGGAGCAGUACUUAUCAUCUGUUGUUGAAGGAAUGGAAGAAAGUCAUAUUAUUUGCCCCUUGUGCCGCAUGAAUUACUUGAACAUUGACAGCCAUUUCAUCUCCUGCCCCUGUGGACUUUACAGUAAUACGAAGGGGAAGAACAUGACGCCAGAUGUCCUACGGCAUCUUCUGGAAUCCAGAGUUACGGAGCACAUGGAAGACUGUCCCUAUGAUCCCGUUUUCUCACUGGCGUCAAACACUGAUACAUCUGCCAACCUGCUCAUUACCUGCAAGGUUUGUGACUACCUCUCCAUCGUCCUGUGACUGCCAGAAGAUUUUUUUAAUGUAUAGUUCCUUCAUAUGUAUGUUCAAAUAAACUCUUUUUUUAAAAAAAAAAAA